AAUCGAAUGCUUUGCUAAAAUCAAUGAAGACAACCAGCACCUGGGUGGCUAGCCGAAUGGCACAAUCGCUCACGAAACGCUCACGAAACGAAGCGCUAGUAGAUAUCUAUCUCUAUCGCGCUUGCGUAUUGGCGCGACAGAGCCAGCGGCGUAUCGCUUUCGUUUGGCGUCGGAGAAAUGCCAUUCGGCUACGGGGCCUGAUUUCUGUCAUUCAGUUGCUGGUUGACCUCAUUGACAAAAGUUGACAACAGUUGGGAAGUAUUCCGGCCUUUUUGAAACCCAUAUUGUUUAUCGUUAAUUACGUGAUUUUUAGAAAGAGAACUCGUUAUUUCAUCGCCGAUAUACCUCUCAACUAUCUUAUCAAUACAUGGUAAGAUAGUAAUGGGUCUAUAGUUAUUUACAUCAUUGUAGGAUCCUUUCUUAUGAAUAGGCCUAAUAAUACCUAUCUUUAGUUGAUUAGGGUAUAAUUAAGGACGUGGCAAUGCAUGCAUUAAUGAAAUGCGUGAUGACAGGUGUUAUCUCCGCACUGAUACAUAACAAAUCUCUGACCCGUAUGUUAUCGAUACCUGGACUUUUUGUUUUGUUCAUAUGUUUUAUAAUUUUUAAUAUUACAUCGUUAGUUGCUUUUUUUAGCCUCAUAGAUACAGUGGGUUGUUGGUGAGUGCCUCGGAAAUGGCUUCCUACAGACUCCGGGUACCCGCUCCAACAAUAAGAGACCGACAGUUUUCGAAGCCAUUGUUGUGCGGGCCAGGUCCUAACGACAUAUACCCGGCCGUGGCUGCGGCGUUUGAUGCGCCGGUUAUGACGCCCGCGUGUGAAGAAUAUUAUAAGGUAAUAGAAGACAUCCGCACCGGCAUUCAGUACGCCUUCCAAACUCGAAGCAAGUUGGUAUUAGCUGUGAGCGGAUCCGGACAUGCUGGCAUGGAGACGGUCAUAUCAAACCUGAUGGCUCCUGGGGAGUUACUGCUUGUACCCAGUCGGGGGAUCUGGGAUGAGAGGGCUAAGGACAUGGCUAGGAGAUAUGGUAUCAGAGUGGAGUCAAUCACAACCUCAGAACCGUUUACCACCUUCUCCUUCGAAGAGUUGGAGUCGGCGUUGGAGCGGCACCGACCUGCUGGCCUGUUCAUCACUCAUGGUGACUCUUCUACCGGUACUCUUCAGGCUUUGAAGGGGCUCGGACACCUUUGCCAUAAAUACGGCACGCUAUUACUUGUGGACACAGUAGCAUCUCUAGGGGCGGAACCUUUGCUCAUGGAUGAGUGGGGAAUCGACGGAACUUAUGCAUCGUGUCAAAAGGCCCUUAGCGGCCCUGCUGGAGUAUCACCUGUAGCGUUCAGCUCACGUGCAGAGACAAAAAUAUUCAGCAGGAGCACCAAUCCCCCGUUCUACUUCGAUAUAAAGCUUUUAGCGCGGCAGUGGAGAUGUUAUGACAAUAAUUUCUUCUACCACCACACACUAAGCUCCCCCCUACUUUGGGCCCUCCGCGCCUGCCUGUUCCUCCUAGCCCAAGAAUCUCUCCCGCGAGUAUGGGCGCGCCACGCCGCCGUUGCGGCUCACUUCCACGCACGCCUGCGAACAUGUGGAUUCCGAUUCCUCGUGCGAAAACCUGAGGACCGCAUGACUGCUGUCACUACGAUUAAGUUGGGGAUGGAUUGUAAUGUGUUCGUGGAGCAGUUUAGGAGCAAGCAUAACAUCAUGAUAACGCCCGGGCUGGGCCCGACGGCGGGUGCGGCAGUGCGCGUCGGCCUUAUGGGAGUCACCGCGAGGCCCGACGUGGCGGACCGAGUGGCCGACGCUAUUGCUGACGUCGCGACUAGUAUUAAAUUAUGAUGUAAAUUAAAAAUGACAAAUAACAUGAAAUUAUAUUACCUAAUAAAAAAUAAAAAAACAAUUUGUUUGAAUGUCUCGACUCUUUAUUAUUAAUUAUUUUUAAAACUGCGUUGACAUCUACACUACAGUUGCUAGGGACGCAG